GAGGUACAGACGAGAAUGCAGCUUAGACAGUCUGAUCCUCAAGAUUAGGCGCAUGUUUUUCUCUUUUGCAAUCUCUUUAUUUUCUGUUUUACAAAUAAGACAGCAGCCAUAAGAACAUGCUGCCUAAAGUCAUAAAACAUAAUUAUUGACUAUGUAAAGACACUUGACGGUGAGCAGAGAGUACAGUUUCAAAAACCGGUUAAUGAUAGGAAUCUUCCGACGCCUAAGAGGCUGGACACUUGUUCUCUACUCAAUAGUUGAACUUGCAAAAUUUGAAGAGAAGACAAAAGAAGUGAAACGUUUCAGGACUUAUUGGGCAUGAAUUUUCGUUUCAGGACUCAAUCCUAACGUGUCUGUCACUUAGCUGUAGAGAAUUAUUCAAUCUUAUACAGUAGAUUUAAUCUUCCCCUCUAUUAACCAAACAACUUUUUCUUACCCUAGACCUUACCGAUAUACAUUGAUGAACCAUGUGAAUAUUUGUCUUUCAUUGCGCUUUUGUUUUCUCACAUCCAUAAUAACAACUUGAUUGGAUUAGUGAUAUGGAGUUUAUUAGGAAAGACGACAAUGACCCCGUGAUAGUUGCUCCAUUUUAGUCAUAUAUGUUAACAAGAAGAAUCAGAAAGUAUUCAUGAAUUGUCAAAGAUAUCAUAGUUAAGAUAGGGCAAAGCUUGGCGACCAAGAUAAUUAAAGAGGUCACUUUCAAGAAAACGUGUCCAAAGAACAUUCAACGCUGAUGUUCUCUUAUAAAUACAUACACUUCACAUAGUUACCUGAUACUAAACCUAAAACAUCAUCCAUACUAAACCUAAAACAUCAUCCAUCGUAUAUAGACUCCGGAUCACGCACGUUUGCUUUGACACUCCGAUGUUCAUGUCUCUCUUAGACUUCUUUUUUGGUUGCUUCAUUCCAAAAUCUGGCUCAAAGAGAACCUCAACCGAUGGUAGUAGUAACCCUAAAGUAUUGUCCUUGGAGAAACCAAAAAGCAACUCCAAAUGUCUGAGGGCUCCAAUCAUAGUGUCUCAUUUUCCCGUACGUUCGAAUCUUUCGCUACUGUAAGAGGAGACCAGAAGAUGAAGUGUGUGAAAUGUUGAAAUAUUUCUUGUGCAAGUCUUUCCUUCUUUUUUGUUUCUCUAAUUAUCUUGUUUGUUUGAUUAUGUAUAAAUUGCAAUAGACCAUUCAGAUUUAUAAAAACAUAUAUGGACUGCAAGAAAACAGAAAAUAAUCCGGCAACAAAAGAAUUUGAUUCGUAUUCAGGACAAAUUGAAGUUUUAACGAGUAGAUAUUUAGUAAAUAAAUGUCAAAACAAUACUAGUAAUUCUGCUAAUCAAUGUCAGGAGGAGAGUGUUGACUGUGUCUGUGUGCAAGUGUUAUACCAUAGAUUUGUUUUACAGAGGACACUUAUAAAACGCAUAAACAACGAUUAAGAUGUACAUGGCGUCCCCAUUAGGAGCUUCUUUGGUAUUGGUCUAUUAAAUUUUCAAAAAACCUUUUUAUUAGUACAUUUUUACUUUUUUUUUGGUGAAAAUGUUAAGAUUUUUACCAUUUUUGUAAGAUAUUUCCGGAGAUAGUACGAAUACUACACUUAGUAUUUUCUAUUAGAAAGUAACUUCACAAUUAUAAUAUGUUAAUGUAAAUAGUGAAUUAGGUAUUAAAAGCUUAUUCUGCCCCCCAAAAAAAAAAGAAAACAAUUACUUUAAAAAAAAAAGAAAAUUACUUCAUCUAUUUUAUUGAUGUUUUGGAGUAAAUUACAAAGGUUAAAAUUCACUUUUUCUUAAAUACACU